GUGGCCCAACUAGAAAAGACGGAGGGGCGUGGCCAGCCUCAGUUCUCGGCCUCAACAGUCUGGAGGAGGGGGGCGGGGCGGAGAGGAAAGGGCGGUGCUAUGUAUUGCAGUUUUCAAAUGCGACCGAGAAGAGGAGGACGAAGCUUUGGGUGUGAACAUCUCUGCUAGCAAGCCUUGAAUCUGGAUCCCUGACUGACAUCAACAAAGAUGAUGAUGAGUGAAGGAGAAUAUGUCUUCUGCAAGUGGAAAAAGCGGCUAUGGCCAGCACAGAUCUUGUCUAGAAGCCAGAGUUCCAGAGGGCGACUACUUCCUGAGAAGCUCGGUUCCAUUCGGCUCAAAAUUAUUGCUGAAAAUAAACAGGUUACCAUGCGUGUUGCCCAUAUUGUGCCUCUGACAGUUCAAAGCAUUGAAGAUAUUGCAGAUAAAUUGGGUCUGAGCAAUGAAACCCAGAAGGUUGUAGAAGAGUUGACUUAUCGCCGAGCCUUGAGAGAAUCGCUGGAGAUCAUGAAGGAACAGGUAGCUGCUAAAGGUCCCGAUUCUUUUAGGCGAAGGAGUGAAGAGGCGUCAAGUGGGAAAGGACAGCGAGAACCCUCCUCAGCUCCCCAGGGACCGCUUUCUCCCCGAAGAAGCCCCCGUGGGACAAAGAGGGUGGAGGCAAGCGGGACCCUUCCAGAUUCUCCAUCCACAUCCUUGAGACCUUUGAAGUCGAGGACCAAGAACCUGUCUACCUGCAAACCUCCCUCAUCUGCAUCAGGUGUCAGGAACCCAGCCUGGGAGGCCGGCAGGGUUUUGAAAGCCCUAAAGCCAAACAUCUCACAAAGUCUUGCAGCACCACUCCAACCCGCCCAGAGGUCUUCCCUGACCUCCAAGGAGCAUCAGCAAGUCGGUGGUCCAUCUGGCAAGAAGGCACCUUCCAACCGGCCGGCGAGAACCAGCACCCCGGACUCUGCUUCUCGCAAGUGCUGCUCCAGGUUCCCGCCAGCAAAGGGAAGACGAGACGAGGCCGCCACGAAACUGCGGAGGAGAUUGCUGGGACCCGCCGUCGAAGGGUUUUCAUCCCAGCCAGCAGAUGCUCUCCUAGCCAGGCAAGAGGCAUUGACACGGAAGAAAUGGCAGCUGCCCUCCAGCGGCACCAGGCGUUCCCCGCGCUUGGAAGGCGCUUGCUCAAAGCAAAUCCUGGCAACUCAGGAACCCUCCCUGGAAAAGUCACAGUGCGCGAGUGAGGGAGAGCCCGGAGACUACAGAGAACUUUCUCUGGACCGUGCUCCUUGGGAAUUGAAAAGAGAGCCUGACCCACAUGGAGCUGGAGAUCAAGGGGGCUGUCUUCCAGAAGUUGCGGAUAAGGAAGCAGAUCAGGCAUCUGAUCUUUCACUGCAGCUGAGUCCUGUAAGAAAAGUGAGUCCAAGCCCAGAGUCAAAGGAUGAAGAGGAGGAGGAGGAAGAAUUACCCAGCAUCUUUCUGCGUCAAGAGCCUUGUUGUUUUGAAGCGGGGAUGAUGGUUUGGUGCAAGCUCCCAAGAUAUCCCUACUGGCCAGCUGUGGUGAAAAAGGUAAAUCGGAAAGCUAAGAAAGCCAAUGUCGUCCUCAUAGAGAAAUGCAUGGAUGCCACGAAAACCAAGGGGUUCUCGACUUCCCUCAGAAACCUAAAGCACUUUGACUGCCAAGAGAAACAGGCGCUGAUAGAGAAAGCCAGGGCGAACUAUAGCCACGAACUCAACUGGUGCAUCAGCUUGAUUGCAGAUUACAGAAUUAGAGUAGGUUGCCAUUCUUUUGUGGGAUCCUUCCUGGAAUACUGUGCUGAUGAUAUGAGCUCUCCGGUCCGAAAAGAAUCCUUCCAUACUUUAUCCCAGAUGAGCUUCCCUCAAAUGGAGGUGCUGGACAGUGGGGAGCUUCUCGCCGAGAUCACCCCCCCGAAGCAAACGAAGAAGGUUCUUCCUGACCGGACGCGAGCCGCCCGAGACAGAGCCAACAAGCGGAUCGUGGAGUUCAUCGUGAAAGCCAAAGGAGCCGACGAGCACCUUCGCUCCAUCCUAAAGAGCCAGAAACAGUCGCGCUGGUUGAGGAAAUCCCUUAAGACACCCCGGUACUUGAUCCUGGAGACCUACCUGGAAGAUGAUUAUCAGCAAGACCUUGUGCUCAACUACUUAAAGAAAGUGUAUCGUGAAGUGGGAGCCAAGAAGCUGCCGGUUAAAACUAGAGACAGUGCCAAAUUUGUCCUUGAAGUACUUUUUCCAGAAGCCAUCAUUUAUGCAAUUUCUGCUGUGGAUCAGAUUGACUACAAGACAGCAGAAGAAAAAUACAUCAACGGACCUCCAGUGAGCAAAAGGGAAAGAGAAGAAUUUGAAAAAGAAAUUCAAGAGGAGAAGCAAAAUUGUGCCAAGAAAGCAAGAAGCCAUCUGUAGAAAAUAAACUCUGAAGCUCUUUUUCCAUCCAUUUAUGUACCGGGUCUUGUAAGGGAAAUUAAAUUCCAUGGUUUUGUACAAAUUAUUAAAUUUAUUUUUUUUAUAUAGAUGUAUAUGAAAGAGAUAUCUAUGAAAUAGGAGGAAUAGGUAUGCCUGCUGUUUCCUCCGUCUCCAUUUAUUUAGAAGAAAAUGAAUUUUGUUUGGUCUGUCGAAACAAAUCUCAGCUACAUAAGAAGAAGCUCCCUCCAAUUUAAAAUACACUUUAAAAUUAUAUUAAUAAGUAUCAGCUCCUUAUAGAUUUGAUUGUGAUUUGAGCCUAUUGUUAACUCUGGACAAUGUUUGAAAUGGCUUCCAUACGUAUUUAGCCAGAAGCAACAUGCAUGUAUGUAUUGCAAACUCUUCUCUCUUCUGUUCUUCAGUAAUUUGGGGGGGGGGGGUUGAGAUUCAUUCAGUCUGUGCUGAUGCUAAGUUGUAGGACCAGGCACACUUCCAGACUUAUUCAGAAGUGUUUUGCAAUGUGGGCGAGGGCAGCCACUCUUUACUACUCAUUAAAGCAGCUGCAUCCUUUUUUAAGCCUUCUACACAAGCCUGAAAAAGAUAGGUUAUGAGUUGGCUCAUUAAAUCAGCCACACUGUAAUGCAACUCUUAAAGAUGCCAUGUGUUUCAGGCUUGCCUGGGGGUGGGGUGGGGGAAGAAUGUGUUGCUUUAAUGAGCAGCAGGAAGCUGUCGCAUUCAACCACCUCUGAAGACCUUCUGAUUCAUUUUUGAAGCAUGGAGAAAACAACUCAAUGUUUUCAAUUUAAAUGUUUUUGAGCCUAAAAUGCUCAGUUUUAAGUUAUUAAAACCUCAUUUUGAGCUCAGAAUAGCUGUUUCAGCCAGGGAACACUUGUUCUGAUAAUUUUCUGACCUCAGAAAACCUCAUUUCAAGCUUGGAGUAUUGAGUAAUGGUUGGAGUGGCCUUUUCUGAUUUUAUAUGUUUAGCAUAAUUCCUAAUUCUGAAUUGCGCAUUUUAAAAAUACAAUAUUGUUUACCAGAUGUGGGGAACUAUGCCCCUUUUAUGACUCGUGGACUUCAACUCCCAGAAUUCCUGAGCCAACAUAGCUCAGCAUGGAAACCUCUCCCUUUCUCCUCAGCAUGGCUGGCUCAGGAAUUCUGGGAGUUAAAGUCCACGAGUCAUAAAAGGGCCAUAUUUCCCCAACCCUGGUUUAAACAAUACUGUUGUCUAAAAUAAAUUGCUUUUCAUUUUUAUAAAUCUGCUUACAUCAUCAGCCAAGACAUUAUGCAAUACUACACUUAUCCUACCGUACAGUAUUUUGUAAUUCUGGAUCAAUUUGUGGGGUGGGGGGAGGAGGAGAUAAAUGCAGAUGACAUUCAAUAGUCUCCAUUUUUAUUGACUGUACAGACAUUCCUUGAGACAUCCCACUCAGCAACUUUAAUGUUUUAUAAUUUUGGAAAAAAAUAAAUAAAUAAAAAUAGCUUUCAAUGCUU